GGGGGCCAGCGCUGGCCCCGGCCCGGCGAUGUGAGGCCGGCGCAGUAGGAUGUGUCACACUGAUGGAGUCUGAAGAAACCAGUGAGGGAGGUACCAGACCCUCAGAGGCCAGCAGAACCACUGGGGAAGCCUGGGACUCUGCAGCAGCCAAAAGAGAGCAUCAUGUCCUUCACACGUCAGCCAAGAUGAGUACCAGCCCAUCUGAUUCUGCACAGGGAGCAGAGCUCAGCACCCCUGAGGACUGUCUUUCUGCUCCAGGGAAAGCAGCAGAGAUGCUGGGCAGACCUUCUAACACUGUGCAGAAGGUGCCAGCAGGACUGGAACAUGGGCAAGGUGGUACAGAGCCUCAAAAGGGACUCUCAGAAUUGGAAGGAGAAAUGCUUUUGGAAAAGGGUGGACUGGAUUGUUCUCUGAAACUUAAACAAAUAGAGCUGGUUGACUUAGAAAGCAACCAGGACUCUUCCUCUCUAAGCACAGUCCAGGAUGGGCCAGCCUCGGGCAAUGAGAUCCUGCAGGCUGUAGAUGUCAGCACUGAGUUUCCUCAGUGUCAGACAGAACAGACAGAGGGGGCUUUCCAUGGCUCAGACCCUCAGGCCCAGCAUCGAACAUCUCCUUUGUCUGAUACAGUUUCCCCACAGAGAGAGACAACUAAAUGCUUCCUGGUAUGUAAAACCAUUUCAGAGGGACAUUAUAAAGCUGAGCCAUUUCUGGAUAAGAUCUCCACAGAUUCUUUGCAAAGCAGCAAAAAACUGGCACCAGCAACUGAUGAGCAGCCUACUUCAGAAGAAGCAGUAGAGGACAUGGCUAAACCUUAUACUUCUGAAGAUGCUAAUGAAAGCAUAAGAGCACUCCAGCAUUUGGAAGAGGAUACAAAGUCUUCCUCUUCCCAUCAGCUGUCUUCCACCUCAACAGAUGACAGCCAGAUAAGUUCACUACAAGCAGAAGGAAAGAUCUCAGCUGCUGAAACAAGGAAUAGCAGCAUGGUCAAAGACCAUGGAACAGUACAAGUUCCUAAAGAAAACUCAUCCCCUUCCAAAUACCUUCAUCUUGAAGAUGAUCACAGAAAAACAGAGGGCAGACCUGCUUCUCCAGGAGAGAGUGCCUUUCAAGUAAAGGAUACUGCUAAAAAAGUUAAAGAUGUGAAUAUUUCACAGCAUACAGGACCAGUACAGGAGGAAGUGGUGUCUGAACUCCAGCACAAAGAGGAAAAGAAAGAGGGCAAAGAGCAGAAUUUGCCAGAAGAAAGAAAAUCUUUGGAUCCCAAUGAUCAGAAACACAAAGAACAAAAUGAACAGGAACAGCAGAGUGAAAAGCUCAAACUGAAGGUAGAGCUUAAACCAGGGACUCUGUCAUCAGUUUUUGAGUCAGAGGGAUCUUCUGUUUCCAGGCAUAAUGUGGAUCAGCAUGGUUUGGAGAAUGAUGUUUUGGUUGAGCAGACAGGAUCAGCAUUUCUUCCUGGGAAACCUCUCUCUGUGGAUCAGCAUACUGGUGAGGGAGUACUGCUGAAAGCUCGUAUCACAGAAGGUGGAUAUCAGCCACCCACUAUCAGCCCUCUGUCCUCAAAUAAACUGAAGCCAGUGGGUGAAAAUCCAGUGGCACCUCCACACACAUGCCAUGUCUCUGAGCAGGCAGAAGACUUAGAAGACUCUGGCCGCUUUUCCAUCGGUGGUCAGGAUAUUGGAGAAGCUGACUAUGAUGUCAGGGCAAGACUGGUCAGGGAGGGUGAGCACAGUGAUGCGUGUGACAAUACUUCCCAGAGGUUUGAUAAAAGAGAUGCAUCAUUCUGUGGAGGAGUGGCAGCACGUCCUAGCACAGAGAGCCCAGAGCCUCCUGUUCCAGCACACCCUUCCUCUGGUACCAAGAACUUGGAGCCACAUGAUUGCAUAGAUCCUCAUCCUCUUACACAAAAUUUGGGAAAAGCUGAGCUUCAAGGCUUUAUGCCAGCUUUACCCUCAGAGGUCACCUCCGUGGCUUCAAAGCAUGCCCCACAGCAGGAGACUGCUAGUGAAAAAGCCUCUGUGACCCCUCAGGACUGCCCUGGUGCCAACCUGAACAAACUGCUGGACUCUGUAGAGAAGCCAGCCAACCAAGCUGCUUCUCUACGUGUGCAGGAUCCCGUAUCAGGGGAAACUGCUGUUUUAAGUACUAAUCUGGGGGGGGCCACCACUUCCCAUGAACUCCUUACUUCUGAGGAAGACUUCCAUGAAGACCCUAGUGACUCAUCUUCUUUCUCUGUAAUAUGCAAGAGCUGUCUUCCUGUAGAGGGGAGCCUUCCUGUGGCUGUCAUUGCAGGGCCUCUGGAACCACCCCAAACACCAGGCAGGACUUCCACUCCCCUGAGCCACACAGAAACAAUUCAGCAAACCCCCCCUGAAAAAAGUGCCAUUAUCCAAGGAAAAGAAACAGGAACAAAUGUGGAUCAUGAAGUACAACCAGUGCCUUUACUUGAUCAGUCUGACUAUGGUUUAAACCAAAAAGAGCCUGGAUCCAGAAUCUCCAAUGUCCUGAGUACCCUAAUUUGGCCCUCUGAAGAAGACCCAGUCAGUGCCCUGAAUCCACAAGAACAAUCUCUCUCCCCCAUGUCCCGCUCAAGCCUACCUCUGGUGUCUGAGCCUGAUGCCAAACAGCUUCUUUGUCCUCAUUCCCAUGCCCAACACCCCAGUCAAACUCAGGCCCCUGCACUUAAUGCAAAUCACCUUUCCCAGCCUCCAUCCCGCGGAAGUCACCAGCCUCUGACUCCAGUGCCCCACUCCAGGCCCCAUCUUAUGGACAAUAAUAAGUCACUAGCCAUUCACCCUACUAUAAACCCUCCUCUCCAGACUGCUGCCUCUGUGUCUGAUAGGAACGCUUUGACCUCUGCUUCUGAUGGAGAAGAUGUAGCAGAGAAAGAUGACCUUAUUCCAAUAACUAGAGAGUGGGAUGCCAGUGACUCAGGUACUCAAGAUACUGAGACUUCUGAUGACUCGGGGGUCAGUUUGUUGGGCAAAAGCUUUUUGGCUGUUGGAAAUGAAGCACUGGCUGGCUGCUGUAACACCAGCCCCGAAACAGCAGACCAGCACGUGGCUAUACAGUGUGGAAAAUCCUCACCUGACCACCCUUCUUGGCCCUUGCUAGAAGGCCUGAUAGCAUCCACAGACUCCAAGAGAAGAGACUCUGCACAGCCACCUCCAAUGUUAGCAUUCACCAAUCCCAUACACUUCCUCCAGCUCAGCCCUCCAUCACCACCAACCACCAGAACAACCUGCCAAGAAGAGGAGAUCUCAGGGGAGCUGCAAUGGGAGCAACAGGGAGCUGUCUUUGAUGUGGACACAAAGAACACCCACACUCUAUCAACAGUCACAGAGAAAACAGAAGGUGAGAGGAGGGUCAGGCAAAGGCUGGGAGGAGAAGGAGGAGAGCACCAUGCAAUAACUCAGACAAAAGAGGAAAUGCCCAGACAUUCACCCCUGGAAAAAUCUUCAAGUUGGCCAGACAAAAAAACCAUCCGGGUAGUUCCACAGGAGCUGGCAGCCAAUCAAGAAAACCCAAUUAAACGCCGAGUAAAAAGCAAGGACUGGCACCGUCAGGGCCUGAAGAGGACGUCUGUGCCACCAGACAUUUUGCAGGAAAUCCCUUAUGUUCCUUCAGAGGAUGAAGCUCACAAGGCACACAGGGAACCACCCCUCAGCUCAGAAACAGUUACACUGCGAGAGAAGAAACCUGCAGAUGCAGUGGAGAACUUCAGGCGCCGACACUCCAAACUGAUCAACUCCUCAAGAUUGCUGUAUCAGGAGUACAGUGAUGUGGUUCUGAACAAGGCCAUUCAAAGCCAGAAGAGAGUGGAUUCUUUCGCAGAGGAUAUCGAGUCGAGUUUCCCAAGCUCCCCAAGACUCCGGAGAAAAGUGCUGUCUCCCCAGGACUCAUACUUGCAACGUCUGUCAAUCUCAUCUAAUGCAUCCCUCUGGCAGGACAUCCCCAUGAUACGGGGCAGCAGAAUACUCCUCAAUAUGUCCCGUGAUGAGCAGAAGCUGCAAGAGGCCAAGUUUGAGUUGAUAAUGUCUGAGGCUUCAUACCUGCGCAGUUUAAACGUGGCAGUCGAUCACUUCCAGCGAUCAGCAGAGCUCCAGGCAAUGCUCACCAACCAAGAGCGCCAGUGGCUUUUCUCCCGCCUUCACGAUGUGCGCGAUGUCAGCGCCAGUUUCCUCUUUGACUUGGAGGAGAAAUUUGAGGAGGACAUGUUCACCUUCCACGUGUGUGAUGUGGCUCUGAAACAUGCCCCGGAGUUCCGCAGGGUGUAUCUACCUUAUGUGACAAACCAGACGUAUCAGGAACAAACUUUCCAGCGGUUAUUAAGUGGAAAUGCAGGGUUCCAGCAAGUCCUGGAGAGACUGGAAAGUGAUCCAGUGUGCCAGCGCCUCUCACUUAAAUCCUUCCUCAUUCUCCCUUUCCAGCGCAUCACUCGACUCAAACUCCUCCUACAGAACAUCCUGAAGAGAACUCGGCCAGGGUCUGAGGAGGAAGUGCAAGCAACACAGGCAUAUGAUGCACUUGAAAAGCUCAUCAAGGAUUGCAACGAAAAUGUCCAGCGCAUGAAGAGCACUGAAGAGCUGAUCUACCUCAGCCAGAAGAUUGAAUUUGAGUGCAAGAUAUUCCCACUCAUCUCACAGUCAAGGCGACUUGUGAAAUGUGGUGAGUUGACAGCACUGGACUUCAGCACCCUGAGUCCAAAAUGGAAAGUCACCACCCGUCCCAUCUACCUACAUCUUUUCAAUGACUGUCUGCUCCUGUCUCGGCCAAAGGAGGGUGGACGUUUCGUUGUGUUUGAUCAUGCUGCUUUCUCAGAUGUGCGUGGGGAGAAGUGUGAGAUGAAACUGCAUGGAACAAACAAAAAUGUUUUCCGUCUCUUUCUACUUCAGAAUAACCAGGGAAAGAGAGUGGAGUUUUUGUUUCGUACAGAGACACACAGUGAGAAGCUGAGGUGGAUCUCUGCUUUGGCUCCUCCGCGAGGAGAACUGGACCUCCUGGAAUGCCCUGAUGCACCACAGGUUCAAUGCAUAAAGACUUACAAGGCUCGGGAAAAUGACGAGCUGGCUUUGGAGAAAGCAGACAUCAUCAUGGUUAUGCAGAACAGCAAUGAUGGAUGGAUGGAAGGAGUAAAGCUUUCAGACCGGGAGAGAGGCUGGUUCCCCUCGGAGCAUGUGGAAUUUAUCUCCAGCAAACAUGCACGGCAGAAGAACCUGAAGGAGGAACAGCGUGUGAAGAAUGCCAAGCAGCAGGUCUUCUGCAAGAAAUAAGACUCUACUUUGUUUGGACCUGUACAGUCUCCCUGCUGUGGGGAAAACAUCUUUUUUCUAUCGUGCCUCAGAAGAAACGCCUCUUGCGAAGAGCAUAAUACAGCACUUUUACACAACCAGGUGCUUUUUGCCAAAGAAAGUGGGAAUUAAAUCAGGAAAAAUCAUUCACUUCCUCUGUGUCACCGGGACUACAGCAGCAGCAGGAGGAAAAAAAGUUGCAUGUAUUGCUUGCUUUGUGGUAGUAGGGAUGGACUUUAAUUGGACAGAGGUCUAGGAUCUGGACUUCUGAAAAUAUAUUCCUGGUUUUGCCACUGAGAAGUUGCAGGAUCUUGGGCAAGUCACUUCAGAAUUCUGCCUCAGUUUUCCCAUCUGUGAAAUGGGGGUAAACUCACCUACCUCACUGGAUGUUGUGAGGCUAAAUUCACGAGUGUUAUCAUACUAUGAGCUUUGAGUUCCUGAGAAGCAGGGUGCUAAGUGCAAAGCACAAUGUAGUUGAGGGGAGUUUUCCAUUUGAAUAUCCUCUUGGUAUCUUGAUGGUAUUGAUCACCGUAGUGUAAUUAUCACUUAGAAAAACAAUUUAUCUAUUUGAUCGUGCAAGUCUACUGUUUUUUAGAUAAAUAUUGCAUUGUACCUAAGUUUAACCCAGUCUCAGCAUAGUGUUAAGAUUCCUUGACAGCAUUAGAAAAUCCACUUGAGUUAAGCAAAGUUUUCGGAAGCCACUGUGAUAAUUUCCCCCACAUUACAAGGUAUCAAGGUGAGGAAUCUGUUUCACGAAGGUCACCUCUCUUCUGAACAAGUGCCCCAGUAAGCCAUCUGAAAUGACCCCUUUUUUUUUUUUACUAUGCCUCCCAAAGUAGAACAGUGACUUUAGACACAGAUUUUUAUUACAUGUUGGUACAUGCUCUGUACAAAAUAACCAUGACCAGGCAUAGGCAAUGAAGUGGCACUUUCCUGCUGCUCUUAAUCUGAUAGCUGAUGUGGUAUUGCAUGCACCAUUUUGCACACUUCUAGAAAACACUGAGAUACUUAGCCACUGUAGAUAAAGUCAAAAUAUGUACCAGGGACUUUGUUCUGGUUUAGAACUCUCUGGUUUUAAAUCAAGUUUACAUGCAGUCCUGCUUUUGUGCAGAACCUGUCUAUUUGAGGACAUGCCUUCAACUGUAAAAUACUGUUUCUAUAUUAAAGUGUUUGCGUUCAGUUCAGUCAAUGCAAGAUCAAGUAUAAGAAUCAAUACACCAAAGAAAGCAAUGUGUAGCCUUCUUGCAUUUAAUAUAUUUGAAGAAUAUUAUCUUCGUAUCUCCAGCUUUCUGACAUUCUGCCUUUAAUUCCCAUUUACGUUGUAUCUAGUUUAGCUUAUUACAGCCUAUUUAUAUCAAUAAUUUUAGCUGGAUA